AUGACUUUCGAUAUCUCUAACUUCUCCCACUCAAACACAACCAAGAAGGCUUCAAAGUCUAUCAAACGUGGACGCGUUCACAAACGCACAACCUCAUCUGUCUCGGUCUCAUCCUUUUCCUCCAGUGGAUCGUCCUCGACUGGACUCUCAUUCUCCCCUGUCUCGAGUCCGAAAACCCGGAAGCAGUCCCUGUCCACUCAAAAACUCCCCCGUUCAUCUCAGCCAAUCAAAAACACCGCCAGUGAAAUCGAGCGCCUGGAGUCUGAACUUAAUUUUACUUACGACUCCCUUGCUAAUGUCAAUGUCAUGUUCGACAGUCUCAGAAAUGCCUAUUCUACAUGCAAGCCUGAAAUCGAGAAAAACAAGACCGAAACACGCCUUGGUGCCAUGGAAAAGGAACUUUUGGCUGCUUAUGAUGAUGUCGGUCUCCAAGUAAUUCACCUCGAAAGACAACUUGUCAAGCUUGAGAAACGUCUUUUGGAAGUCAGAGCAGAACAACAACAGGAACAACAAAAACAACAAAAGCAACAAAAGCAGCAGCAAGUAAUUAAUAUUAAACCAAUCGAGGUACAGCAAUGUGAACCAACUAUCUGUGAGCAAGAGAUCGACCAAAAACUAUAUCUCGCAACCCCUCCUCCAUGUGCAUACGAUUGCCCCCAGCUUUCUCCCUCGCAGCCAAAAGCACAGGCCGAAUUAAUUGAUAGCUGGACCACACCAAUCGAACUCUCUUAUCCCGUAUUCUCCUCAAACGAAGAUCUCUACUCUAAGCAUCCCCUCUAUGUACCAUCCUGCAGCGAAUCGCCAUACUAUUCUCCCCUUCCUUCCUACUCCUACGCACCAACUUCAUUUUGGGGAGACUACAUCCCUACAUGGUCAUCUAAUGCCAAUAUUAUCUAUGCCCCCAGCACCCUAUAA